CUCUGUUUCAACCCGGGAAAUAAGUUCAAGAUAGCGUUGCUUUUCAAGCUUCUCCCUCGCAGGUUCUAUCAAGCUACCCUACACACCCCUGCAUCUGUUUGCCAAAAGCAAAGCGAGGUGUCCUCAUGAAUGUAAGGUUAAAUAAAUUUGUGAGGAGAGCAGCGCUGUCAACAGAUUUGAUCCAAUGCCUGCAUGGUACGUGUGUCGUGUGUUCAUAAUGGACUUGUGCAGCGAUAUCAGUUCGCCCAAACAAAGCCGCCUCUUUCGCAGCAUGAUUCAGUCGUGGACAAACUCCGCAAAUUUGAUUGUCCAAUAACAGGGCGCAUCACCUGUGUUUUUCUAUAUGGGGGUAGGCAGAUAUGCAAAUGUGUGCUGACCGUAGCUCAACGUCCUUCCAUUUCAGUCGCAGGGCUCACAGGGAAGGCGGAAAAUCGCGGACGUGGUAAAGACAUUCCAGGUAUAGCUUUCCCCGGAAGGCCGCAGGCGUUGCAGCCUUGGGUAUCUCUCUGUUUCUCCGUCCGUAUGCAAUUGUGUACAAGCAGAUUCACAUGGUCCUCGGACGACGUGCUGCUGAUCUCCAGGGGCAAAAGUCACAAUGGUGGAUGCCCUGUCCGUUCUUCGAUGACGGCGGACCUUUGGGUGACACUGGCAGCUACACUCCGUCGUCUGCGCCACACAAGCCCGCAGACAUUGCAGAGUGUGUUUUUGCCAUUGGGGCCUGUGCGCCAAUACGGUGUUCUCCGUACACCACAGCUCGAACACCCAAGAUGGGAGACGCUCCUCGUCGGGCUGGGAGCCAAUUUGGGUGCCUCAGCUGCUUGUCCUUGCACCACGUCGUAGGCUGGGGCUCCGGUCAUGUGCUGGGGCCGUGCGCCAUCUCGCACUGUUGCAGUCGACUGUGGUAAAUGCACCAGCUCUUGUUUGGGGCGGUUCUGUUGCGCACAGCUUGGCGCUGCUGUUGCUGCCUCGCGGGGCGCGAUCAAGGGGGCGUCUGACUCGAAGUCAGCCGUGACAUAGAGCGGCAGCCGAUCCUGGUCCCUGCGCAGCUGCUAUCUGUUA